AUGGACGCCGGGGCCGCGGGCGGCGAAACGGAGCGCCCAGGCGCGCCGGACUUCGACAUCCGGCGCAUCGCCGCCAGAAUCAGGCAUCCGUUCGCCAAGAAAACGGCAGACAGCACCGCGGCGCUGGGGCCCCGCCACAUCCACGUGUUGGACGCGGCGGCCAACGCCAGCCGCGGCUUCUACGGCAACCACAUCUCCACGACCAAGUACAACGUCGCCACGUUCUUGCCCAAGUUCAUGUUCGAGCAGUUCAGCAAGUACGCCAACUUGUUUUUCCUCUUCACGUCGGUCAUCCAGCAGGUGCCGGGCGUGUCGCCCACCAACCGCUACACCACCAUCGGCACGUUGCUCGUGGUGUUGCUCGUGUCCGGCGUCAAGGAGGUCCUGGAGGACGUCAAGCGCGCCAGCGCCGACCGCGAGCUCAACAACACGCAGGUGCUCGUGCUCGACGCGGAGGCCGGCCGCUUCCGCGUGCAGAAGUGGGUCUCCGUGCGCGUCGGCGACGUGGUGCGCGUGAACAACGAGGAGCCGUUCCCCGCGGACUUGCUCCUCCUCAGCUCGUCCGAGCCCGAGGGCUUGUGCUACAUAGAAACGGCCAACUUGGACGGCGAGACCAACCUCAAGAUCAAGCAGGCGUUGCCGGAAACGGCGCUGUUGGUGAGCCCGCCGUCCGUGGUGGCCGGCAUGGCGCGCUGCGAGCUUCUCUCCGAGCAGCCCAACUCGUCCUUGUACACGUACGAGGGCACGUUGCUCCACUUCCGCGCCUCGGGCAGGCUCGCGCUCUCGCCGCAGCAGCUCUUGUUGCGCGGCGCCACGCUCCGCAACACCCAGUGGGUCCACGGCGUGGUGGUGUUCACGGGCCACGAGACCAAGUUGAUGCGCAACGCCACCGCGGCGCCCAUCAAGCGCACGGACGUCGAGCGCGUCAUCAACUUGCAGACGCUCGCGCUCUUCGGCAUCUUGAUCUUGCUCUCCGUGGUGUCCAGCGUGGGUAACGUGGUCAAGACGUCCGUGGACGCGGACGACUUGUCCUACUUGUACUUGGAGGGCACCAACUUGGCCAAGCUCUUCUUCCGCGACAUCUUGACCUACUGGAUCUUGUUCUCCAACUUGGUGCCCAUCUCCUUGUUUGUCAGCGUGGAGAUCAUCAAGUACUACCAGGCCUACAUGAUCGGCAGCGACUUGGACAUGUACCACGCGGACUCCGACACGCCCACGGGCGUGCGCACCUCGUCCUUGGUGGAGGAGCUCGGCCAGAUCGACUACAUCUUCUCCGACAAGACCGGCACGCUCACGCGCAACGUCAUGGAGUUCAAGUGCUGCUCCAUCGGCGGCAAGUGCUACGCAGAAGAGAUUCCGGAGGACGCGCACGCGCAGGUGGUGGACGGCGUCGAGACGGGCUUCUACAGCUUCGACGACUUGCAGAGGCACUUGGCCGACUUGUCCCUGCAGCAGUCCGCCAUCAUCAGCGAGUUCUUCUCUUUGUUGAGCACGUGCCACACCGUCAUUCCAGAGCUCAACGACGUCUCGGGCGCCAUCAAGUACCAGGCCGCGUCUCCGGACGAGGGCGCUUUGGUGCAGGGUGCGGCGGACAUGGGCUUCAGGUUCACCAUCCGCCGGCCUCGCGGCGUGACCAUCGAGACGGGCCCGGCCGCCACCGCCUCCGAGUAUGAGCUCUUGAACAUCUGUGAGUUCAACUCCACGCGGAAGAGAAUGUCUGCCAUCUUCAGGUGCCCGGACGGCGUCAUCCGCUUGUUCUGCAAGGGCGCCGACACCGUGAUCUUGGAGCGUCUCUCCACCGCGGAUCCACAGCCUUUUGUCGACGCCACUAUCAGACACUUGGAGGAGUUUGCCUCCGAGGGCUUGAGAACUUUGUGCAUCGCCUCCAGAAUCGUCUCGGAAAAGGAAUAUGCCUCCUGGGCCCACACAUUCCACGAAGCAUCCACGUCCUUGGAUGACAGAAGCGACAAGCUUGACGCCGCGGCUGAGCUCAUCGAGAAAGACUUGUUCCUUCUCGGCGCAACGGCCAUCGAAGACAAGCUCCAGGACGGGGUGCCUGAAACCAUCCACACGCUCCAAAACGCUGGCAUCAAAAUCUGGGUUUUGACGGGGGACAGGCAAGAAACGGCAAUCAACAUCGGAAUGUCAUGUAAGCUUCUCACGGAGGACAUGAAUCUCUUGAUCAUCAAUGAAGAGACCAAAGCUGAUACCAGAAGAAACUUGGAAGAGAAGUUGGAGGCGAUAUACGAGCACCGAAACGACGUGGCAGAGUCUGUUCUAGACUCCUCGCUCGCGCUCAUCAUCGACGGCCAUUCCUUGGGUUUCGCUUUGGAACCCGACUUGGAAGACAUCUUCAUCGACCUUGCCACGAGGGUGCGUGCUGUCAUUUGCUGCAGGGUUUCUCCCUUGCAAAAAGCGCUCGUCGUGAAAAUGGUCAAAAGGAAGAAGAACAAGUCCUUGCUCUUGGCCAUCGGAGAUGGUGCAAACGAUGUUUCCAUGAUCCAGGCUGCGCAUGUCGGAGUAGGCAUCAGCGGUAUGGAGGGCAUGCAGGCCGCAAGAAGUGCCGACGUCUCCAUCGGACAGUUCAAGUACUUGAAAAAGCUAUUGUUGGUGCAUGGCGCAUGGUCGUACCAACGUAUCUCCAAUGCGAUCUUGUACUCCUUCUACAAGAACGUCUGCUUGUACAUGACGCAGUUUUGGUUUGUGUUCAACAACGCUUUCUCGGGACAGUCUCUCAUCGAGUCGUGGACAUUGACGUUCUACAAUGUGCUCUUCACGGUGUUUCCGCCGUUUAUCAUGGGUGUCUUUGACCAGUUCGUUAGCGCACGUCUCCUUGACAAAUACCCUCAGUUGUAUCAGCUAGGAUUGCAAAGAAAGUUUUUCAACGUGACUAUCUUCUGGGGCUGGAUUGUCAAUGGGUUCUUCCACUCAGCGAUCAUCUACGUCUGCAUGAUGUCAAUUGACAAAUACUUCAACUAUCUACCAAACGGCGCGGUCGCUGACAAUUGGUCGUGGGGAACUAUGAUCUACACCACGUGCACGCUCACCGCGUUAGGAAAGGCCGCUCUUACAGUGACCAUGUGGACGAAGUUCACCGUUCUUGCUAUUCCCGGAUCGUUCAUCUUGUGGUUGGUGUGGUUUCCCGCGUAUGCCACCAUUGCUCCCCUUAUUAACGUGUCCACAGAGUACGAGGGUGUAUUGGCUCAUACGUACCCGAGCUUGGUGUUCUGGGCUGCUAUUUUUGGUGUUUCCAUCUUGUGCUUGAUAAGAGAUUUUGCGUGGAAGUUCUACAAGAGAAUCCACAGCCCCGAAAGCUACCACUACGUGCAAGAAAUCCAAAAGUACAACAUCCAGGACUACAGGCCAAGAAUGGAGCAGUUCGAAAAGGCCAUCAGGAAAGUUCGGCAGGUGCAGAGAAUCAAGAAACAGAGGGGAUUUGCUUUCUCGCAAGUGGACGAUCAGAAUUUGGAGAAGAUUGUCAGGUUGUACGACACGACAAAGAAGAGAGGUGCAUACGGGGAGUUGAGCGAGAGUCAUAGAGACUAA